UUUAAUGAUUCGACUUAGAGAAAGACAAGAAGAAAAAACCCUUGUUUUCUCUUCUGGCAUUAAUCAUCUUCUAUCUAGCCAUACUCUACUUUUCUGACUGCUCCUUAAAACAUGUUUAUCCUCUCUAUUUUAUAAUUAUAUAAUUAAUCUCUCUUUUAUUAUUCCCCUUUCUCUUUCCUCUCUCUCUCUCUCUAGACACAAAUUAAAGUAAACAACACUCAACAACAACAAGAAGAAGGGGAUAUAAUUAGGUUAAUUAAAACAAUAUUGUUAGUGAAAAUAUGGGGAGAGCUCCUUGUUGUGACAAAAAUAAUGUCAAGAGAGGGCCAUGGUCACCUGAAGAAGAUGCUAAGUUGAAGUCAUAUAUUGAGCAAAAUGGAACUGGUGGAAACUGGAUUGCUUUGCCUCAAAAAAUUGGUCUUAAGAGAUGUGGAAAGAGUUGUAGGCUUAGAUGGUUAAAUUAUUUGAGGCCAAACAUCAAGCAUGGAGGAUUUUCAGAAGAAGAAGAUAGGAUCAUUUGCAGCCUCUACAUAAGUAUUGGAAGCAGGUGGUCAAUAAUUGCAGCUCAACUCCCUGGAAGAACUGAUAACGACAUAAAAAACUACUGGAAUACUAAGCUAAAGAAGAAGUUAUUUGGGAAACAACGUCAAAAGCAAGGAUCAAGAAAAGGAAAAGAAAUCAACUCCAUCUCAUCAAUUUCUAAUAACAUCAACAACAUGAACCAAAAUCCUUGUUGGCCUGAGCCUUUCAUCAUGCAACAACCAAUACAAUUCACAAAUAAUGACCAUACAUCAAUCAGAAAGUUAUUAAUCAAACUUGGAGGUAAAUUCUCAGAAAAUGACCAAUUGACAAAUGUUGUGUCACCAAUUUCUCAACAUCCUAUCGGUAAUUCAUCGAUGCAACUAAUGUAUCAAAAUCAUAUCAAUUUAAUCUCUUCGUCUCCAAUAGACAAUGUCUUCAACAACAUGAGUACCGCGCCUCUAUACAACAUGGAUGGGGAAGCUAGCAAUUUUACACCUGAAUUUGAGCAUAUAAUAAAUAAGCAUCAACAAAAAUUAGAUGGUCUUGAAUUUUUAUACGAGGAUAAUGUAUUUAUCGAUAAAUCAGCGUCUACUUCUGGAGGAAAUUUAGACUGGGAAUCGAUGAAUCCUUAUGUGCUUCCUUUUCCUCCUAUUGUUGAUGGAGGUAGUUUUCAACAAGGUGUUAUACUUCAAGAAGGUACACUUGAUGAUGAACUAAGAUACCCCAGGGAACAAUAAUAAUAUUAUUGUACGUACAUUUUAUUAUAUUGUAAAUUUUUGUUGUGAAGGGAGAGGGAUGGAUGAUUUUUUAGGUUGAAGAACCCUAAUAAACUUGUUUAUUACUAUAUCUUA